AUGGCAACUCCAACUGCAGCAGCAGCUCAGAGCUCUAAAGUGCCUUCCCUGGCUGAGCAGGCGGAACAAAAAGUCUUUGAAGAACUCGCCCAGCAAGUCCAGUAUGAGGGCGAGAAAUCUGUCUUCGCUGUUGGCGGCUCGAUCCCACUCACCUCAUUUGAUAAACACCUUAUCUGCGAGUCUGACGAUACCGAAUCGGAUGAGGACAACGAACCUAGCGAGCAACCUUCAAGCGAACCCAGCUUGGGGAGCCCCCCCUCUCGUGAUGGCCUCGUCGGCUACGACAACUCCAGCGAGAGUGAUCUAGAGCACCUAGCACCGCCAGCGCCAGGGGGAAGUGUUGAAGUGCACAAAAUGCGUUGCGACCCGAUCACCAUCAGAUGGGACUCCACUGGAGCUGUUGGUGGCUCACAUAAAGUGACCUUGCCAUGUACCGAUAGCCAGAGACCCACCUUCGAGCAGCUGCUCAAGGACUGUCAGCCAGCGAGCUUUGGGCGUGCAGGGAAGGAUGUCAUGGACGAGACAUAUCGCAAAGCUGGGAAGCUGGACGAAUCUGACUUUUGCACAAACUUCAACCCCUACUCUCUGGGCAUUAUUGCCACAGCCGCGCAGGCUCUUGCUCCAAAUAACUGGAGACAAACCAAUGAGAAUCAUGGUGUCAGGGCGGAGCUAUACAAGCUGAAUGUGUAUGCCGCGCCGUCGGGCAAGUUCAAAGCGCACGUCGACACCCCACGCUCGAAGCACCAGAUCGGGUCGCUAGUUGUCUGUCUUCCGAGCGUCCACGAAGGCGGGCAGCUGGUGCUCCGCCACCAGGGUCGGGAGGAGGUCUUCGACUGGUCUGGCGAAAAAGGCAGCAAUUCCAUUCAAUGGGCAGCCUUCUAUAGCGACUGCGAGCACGAAGUUCUCGAGGUCACCGCAGGUGAACGUGUGACGCUGACAUACAAUCUGUAUGUCACCUGCUCGGCGAACACGGCUUUGAUCGAUCCUGAACAGGUCGGGCUAUACCAUACUUUGAAGACUUUACUCGAGCAGCCAAGCUUCUGCAAGAACGGUCUCUUACUCGGUUACCAUUGUGCACACGCCUACGCACAUACAUCAGGAGACACGAUCGCCGCCCUCCCCGCAACUCUCAAGGGAGUCGACAAAGUCGUCUACACAUGCCUCGCAGCGACCAAACUCCCCGUCCGUCUCCGCCACUCGCUCGCAAUCUACAAGAGCGAGCGCCCUUGGUACUACAUGAACCUCCUAGACGUGUACGGGAGAAAGGACACGGACAGAUUCGACGACCUGAAGCAGUUUUACCGGCGCGAAGACACAGAAGGGGGCCAUGGACGCGUGUUCACAAAUUGGCAGCCGCUUCACAAGAAUCAGAAUGUCGCCCUCGACGUUCUAUCCGAAGGGCUUGAGCCAUGGAAGGCGACUGACUCCGGCAUGUCCGAAGGGCUCGAGUCCACGUACAUCCUCAGGGAUUGGGCCCGCGACUUUAGUGUCAGGCAGGUCAAGUGGUUGAACAAGCCGGGCCAUCGGGAGAUGGCGUUGGUUCACGGUGCGUACGGCAACGAACCUACCAUUGGGACCAAGUACUCCAGGAUGGUCAUCACCAUGGACAUUCCGCCAUUCCAAGAUCGCUAG